CCUCCGUAUCCCUUGCAGUGCCUGAACAUGGUGUUCCUCCUGGCCGCCGUGUACUUUAUGUUCCUGCCCAGCAUCUACCUGGUCUUUGCCCUGGUCCUGUACGAGGGGCUGCUGGGGGGUGCCGGCUACGUGAACACCUUCCACAACAUCAGCCUGGAGAGCCCGCCGGAGGAGCGGGAGUUCGCCAUGGGUGUGGGCUGUGUGGCCGACACCCUGGGCAUCUCGCUGGCUGGAGCCGCCGCGUUCCCCGCCCACGACUACUUCUGCCGCCUGCCCUGAGCUGGCCUGGGCUCCGGCCCCCCCCCCCGCUGGGCUCCAGGGCCCCCCCUGCUGGGAUAUGCCUCCCCGGCUGGUCUCUGGGCCGCCCCCACUGGUCUCCGGGCCCCCCCCGGGCUCCACGUGCGCCCCAGCUGGCCCGGUGCUGCUGGCCCUCCAGCCUGUCUCUGCCUCAGGGGCUGGGAGGGGCUGAGGGUGCAGGGGCUGCUAUGGAGCUGGUGGGGG